UUACACAGUAUGAAAAAGCGAUGGUCAUUAUCUCACACUUGCUGGUGUGUAUGGGCUGAUUAUACCUGCGUGCAGUUACCGCAUAUCUGAAACGGCCAAAUCGCAACGCAUGCCAAAACGCUAUUUUGAUUGUAUUCUUGGAUUGAGUGAGAACUAUGGAAGAUUGUCGUUUAGUCUAGUCUGCCUGCUUAAGGUUCAACUGUUUUUUUUUUUAUUUUAUCUUGUAUGUUUUUAUCGGCUGGGGAUUUUAUUUGCAGUGCUAAUGUGCAUAUUGUAUUGGAUGGCACUAUUUGCGAUAUUUACAGUCGGAUGAUAACAUCUCAGAAACGGCGACUAUGACUAUGAAUGAGUCGCAGCCUCCUGUUAUGCCAGCACCGCUGGACCUCACAAUCAAAGACAGAGAUCGCAAAUACAGGCUGGAAGAUGGCCUCUCUGGUCCAGAAGGUGACGCUGUACGCCAUACAGACUCAAAACAAACUGUGAAAAUUAAUCAAAAAGAUUCAAAGCCACUGACAAGAGGACAUGCCUGUAAUGAUGCGGACUACUCAAACUCAGUGACUGGCAAGUCUCCUUGUACUGAUCAAGCUAGGGUAGUCAUUUGUCAUUUUGUAAAUAGGCCUAUUCUUCCCAAUCCCCUAAGUGAUUCCCGCAGAUCCUCUAGUGGGGAGUAUACAGUGAAAUCAGAAGCUGAACCUUCGCAGGUCAAUGCAAUGGACAAUGACCCCAAGUCCUCGAAUGCCCAGUCCGUGUCCAGACUUCCCUUACGAAAACGACCAUUUCCCGCUCCCGAUAAUAAAAAGGAAGCCCCACCAAAGCGGACGAAGAGCAUUGCAAACCUACAGAACGACCCGCAACAAGAAUCACCGCCUCCAAAUGCCGUCUCCAGUGAGCAUCCGGAUAAGACGCCUAGUGAUUCUCGUCACACGUCACACGCAGACAUUGCACCCCCCUGUAGGCCUAAUGUAAUGGACUAUUACCAGAUUGUCAGUCUGCCCUUGGCCCCAGUUCCUCUCCUUCCAGUGGAACGGAUGGAGCCAUCACAGGUUACUAUGGCGACCUGGCAGGACGAUGAUGGGGACACGGCUCUGCACAUUGCAGUGGUGCAGGGGCUGGAAAGCGUGGUCCGGAGGCUGAUUCAGAUCCUGCUGCAGGCUGGCAAGGGCCUGGACAUCUACAACAACCUGCUUCAGACUCCUCUGCACCUGGCUGUGAUUACGCAUCAGGUCCUGCUGGUGCAGCUCCUGCUCAGCGCUGGGGCUGACCCUACUAUGCUGGACCGGCAUGGCCAGACUGCGGCCCACCUAUGCUGUGAACAUGGCCUCAGUUCCUGUCUGGGUCUGCUCCUCCGCCACCCUGCAUCCCAGACCUGCCUUAAAGUUCGCAACUAUGAAGGUCUCACUGUGCUCCACUUGGCCGUUCAGAACUCAAACAAGGAGCUUGUCAAGAUGAUCCUGGACAGCGGGGCUGACAUCAAUGCCGUGGAUUUCAAAAGCGGGCGGAGUCCCCUCAUUCAUGCUGUGGAGAAUAACAGCAUGGAGAUGAUCAAUUUCCUCAUCGAGAGCGGCAGCAAUGUGAACAUGCAGUCCUACAGCGGCAACACAGCCCUGCACAGCGCCUGCGGCCGGGGGCAGGUGGAGGCUGUCCGUGUGCUGCUGAAGAAUGGAGCUGACAGCAGCCUGAAGAACUACCACAAUGACACUGCCCUGAUGGUGGCCAAGAAUAAGAAGGUAACAGAUGUGUUGCGUGGUAAGGGGUCACGCAACCAAACUACAAAAACGGCAGAGCCCUCUGAUUCCAUUUCACCUCCUCGGUGCACGCCACAGUCCCACCCGCAUAGCACCCAUGGGACCCCAGUGCAAUCUCCAAGCCAUAACCUCUGUCCCUCCCCGCUGGCCACACCAACACAGCUAGCUCCAUCUCUGUGUCGGAGUAACCCUGGUUCUCCGAUGGCUCCUCCUUCUCACUCUCCGGGCACCCAAUCAGUUGAGGACCACUCAGGUAGUCAACCCAUGAUGGCAAAACAAGAGAGCAAAGACCAGCAUCUACAGUGCACGCAGCCCUCCAUGAGAGUGAACUGUGAAACAGCACCGAGAAUGCACAUCCAACCACGCCUGUAUUUACCAGCAGACUGCCCCACCUACCAAUCUUACUUCAGAGACAGCACUUUGGGUCCCAUAAUUCCCUAUCCUGCAUAUCACAACCUUUUACAAACCUACCCGGAGCAAGCAUACAUCUUCCUCCCACAGCUCAAUUAUGCCCAGUUGUCCUGUUACCGUCCAGUUCAGUCACGGCCAUCCAGCCGAAGUAGUGACCAAUCGGAUGCCUCUACAAUGAGCAUAAGCAGUGGAGGCAAAGGAGAAAGUUGACACUUGCUCACCACCGUUGUUAGUCUGAGUCUAUAUUUCCUAAAACCGAACCAGCUCAAUCUGUGUUGAACGGCAAAAAAAUUCAGUAGCAGAAGGGCACAUGUGAACUGUGAAAAUAGUAGAACAGUGAAACUGUAAAAAUAUUAUUUAUAUCACCAUAUUUAUACUAUCAAACUGGCAAUAUGUAAAGCAGUUUUUGGCAGCUCACAUUAAUUAACAUUUUCACAAAAUGGUUUUAUUACCUGGGGAUCUUUUUUAUAACCACUUUAACAACAGAGAUUUUUAAAUAAGGGACUAACUGCUGUCAUCGGGUGUCAAAAUUGACCUUUGAGAGGGUCGUUGCCAGCAGUGUGUGGUUUAGAAAGGAUGUCAUAACGUCCUUUGUAUGUAGUUAUGAGGUCUAUCUAGGUAUUGACGAACACCAAAUGGGUUACAAACAGCUUUCUCUGUCAGAGGAAAAAAAACUGCAUGGAUUACUUGCAGGGUGCAGACAAAAGACUACAUAUAAUUCUUUUUCAAUCCAGAGCAUUCAAAUGAACUGUAUUAUAUAAGCAAAUGAGUAAUGUGAGACAUGUAAAAUGCUGUCUUGUUGGUCUUAAAAACUCACUGGCUGCAAGUGACAGUUAAAUGUAGAUUCUUCUUCAAGGGUAAAUAAGGAAAGUCUUAUUCCAGCAUUACUGCAACUGCUAAGAAAGGCUUUAUAUUUCUUAGAUAAAUUCAAUGACCAGUUUAUAUAUAUGACCAGAAAUCAGCUCUUCAUCAAGAAUUCUUGUCUUAUUAAGAUAUACAUGCUUUGUUACUUGAAUUAACCACAGGUACAGACAUGAAUCUGAAACCUGGGUGUUUUUGCCUUACUGGAUAGCCUCAUACCAGUUGAGUCAGUGUAAUCUCAUUGAUAGCUUAAUAAACCUAAAAGGCAUGGGCGUCGCCGCCAUUAAAUCUGAGGGGGACGUGUCCCCCUCACAUUUCAUAAUUAUUUGUUUGGACCCCCCCACAUUUAACAUAAAAUAUUAGUUUUAUGCCAGUGUGUCCCCUUCACAUUCAAAAUGCGUUUGAUGCCCCUGCUAAAAGGUAAGACUGCACAUUCUACACAAAGCAUUGAGGGCUAGUAGAACAUUCACCUGUGAAUCCUUAAAAUUACAGCAGAAAAUCUACUUAUUUGCCAAAAUCCACCAUGAUUUUAUAUCUCUAGCGUACAACCUUUUAUGAUCACUGUAUUCCUACAAUGUAAUAUUCUCUACAUUCAUAAACUGCAACAAUGUUUUUUUUUUUUUUUAAAGUAAAAAUAGGAUUUUUAGGAGCGGCACUUUAGCGAAAUCUGUGUUGGUUUAAUAUUUACUAGGUUGUUAAUUUCUACUGUUUACCUGUACACGUGUAUAAAUUCAAUAAUAAUGCAUUUCAGUACUAAAUACAAGAUCUUAUUCAUUA